CGCAUAAUCUUCUUCAUUCUGAGUUUGGAGGUCUUUUGGAAAAUGGUCGACGCCGCCACCGUUCCGAUCCUGCCCAAGGCCAAGCCGGCGUCGUCGCUCUCGAGACGGCUCGUGCUCGCGCUGAGCCUCGCUCUUGGCUGUCUCCUUGCCGUGACCACCACAAGAACCACGCCAGUCGCACCCAUCGAGCUCGCGCAGGCGGCACCAAAUACCGUCGUCUUGACACCCAACCCGAUCAUUGGUGUCUUCUCGCACCCGACGACGAACCCGAGCGAUGGCGGCCCGUACGAGUACAUUGCGGCGUCGUACAUCAAGUGGAUCGAGAGCGCGGGUGGGCGCGCCGUGCGCAUUCCGUUCACGGCCCCCGAGUCGGAGCUGACGCGGCUUUUAUCGGGCGUCAACGGCCUCCUCUUCCCCGGGGGCGACCCGCUGCCAAACGCGCAAGCGAAGUUUCUGCUCGAGUCGGCGAUUGCGCUCAACCAGAACGGCACGUACUUUCCAGUGUGGGGCACGUGCCUCGGGUUCGAGUGGCUCGUGCAAUUGACAGCCCAAGACAAUGGCAUCCUCGACAAGGUUGACGCCCAAAACAUGAGCUCGACCAUAUCGUACACCCCGAGCGCAGCCUCGAGCCGGCUCUUCAGCUACAGCCGCUCGUUCGAUGCGCUCACGACAGCACCGCUUACAGCCAACUUUCACCACUAUGGCAUCACCAAAGCGCACUUUGAUGCGACGCCAAGUCUCACAGCCUUCUUCAAGGCGCUUGCUACGUCGCUCGAUCGCCAAGGCGUGUCGUACGUGAGUGCCAUCGAAGCAGUUGAGUUUCCGAUCUACGGUCUCCAAUUCCACCCGGAGAAGAACCCAUAUGAGUUUGGCCGGCUUCCGUCCGGGGUGUUUUAUGGCGACAUCGACCACUCGUACCCGUCCCUCCUCGCCGCCCAAGCGUUUGCCCACUUUUUCAUUGGCGAGGCCAAGAAGAACGCGCAUGCGUUCCCGUCAUUUGAGAUUGAGUUUGAGAAUAUCCUGUACAACCACGCACCGUCGGCCGCGCACUACCCCGGUUUCGAGUCGGUCUAUCUCUUCAAGCCUUUUGGCGCGGCGUACUAGGUGAAGUAUACUAUAACAUGGAAAUGCGACUUGUCAACAAAAGCGAGCGG